AUGGGUUUGCUUUCAAACCCUACCCGCCUUCUUCUAAUCGCCACCAUCUUCUUCUUCGUCUUCGUUUCCGCCAUCUCUGCACAGGAUUUGGGAGUUGACAAUGAGAAGCAGGAAUCGGAAGGAUCUGGUAAAGAGCUUGGGCGUCGUGGAAUGAUUGGUACUGAAAAAAUUGGACUUGAUACUGCUGGAGAAAAUCUCGGUGCUCUUGGUAUAAACCUCGACCUCGAAUCCACUGGUCCUGGUGUAUUUGAUGCAUUGAUUUCAAGUUUCUCCAUGAUACUCGUAACCGAGAUUGGAGAUGAAACUUUUAUAAUAGCGGCAUUGAUGGCUAUGCGACACCCGAAAGCUACUGUUUUAUCUGGUGCACUUUCAGCUUUGUUUGUUAUGACUAUACUUUCCACUGGACUUGGUAGGAUAGUGCCAAACUUGAUAUCGAGGAAGCACACUAAUAGAGCUGCUACAGUUCUCUAUGCAUUUUUCGGUUUGCGGUUACUCUACAUUGCAUGGAGGUCUACUGAUUCAAAGUCAAAUCAGAAGAAAGAAAUGGAGGAAGUUGAAGAGAAGCUCGAGUCAGCCCAAGGGAAAACACCUUUCCGCCGCUUAUUCUCAAGAUUUUGUACUCCAAUCUUUCUAGAGUCCUUCAUCUUAACUUUUCUAGCGGAAUGGGGCGACCGUAGCCAGAUCGCUACAAUAGCUUUGGCGACGCACAAGAACGCGAUAGGAGUGGCCAUCGGGGCGACGAUAGGACACACAAUUUGUACAUCGUUGGCGGUUGUAGGAGGAAGCAUGUUGGCUUCAAGGAUCUCACAGCGCACGGUCGCAACUGUGGGAGGCUUACUCUUCCUCUGCUUUUCAGUCUCUUCCUAUUUCUAUCCUCCUCUAUAG